CUAAAGUUAUUUAUAGCAUUACGUCAUAGGCAUGUGACAUUUGACAAGCAAAAUAGAAAGUUGAGGGAUUUGGGUCUAAAUUGAAGGGAGAGUUGUAAAAACACUUGAUCUGAAAAAUGACAGAAAAGACUGAAAAUGGGCCUCCAACUUCAUAUCAGACUAUUCCGCAACCCGGGGAACCUGCCCCUGCUUACCCCAAUGAACCUCCACCUAAGUAUGAAGCAGGACCUCAGAGUGGCUACCAACAGGCUCCACAAAUGGGGUAUCCACCCCAGGGAGUAUACCCUCAGCCUCAGGGAUACACAACACAAGGACAGCCUGUUUAUAUGACACAACCGACCUUAGUGGUACAGCCUCAAAUGGGAUUUGGAGCUAAUCCUCGACCAAUGCAAUGUCCACAUUGCCAUGCGAAUAUCAGCACGACCUUGGACUAUGAAGCAGGUGCUCUCACCUGGUUGUCAGCUGGCAUUCUCUGUGUAUUUGGGUGUUGGCUUGGAUGCUGUUUGAUUCCAUUCUGCAUCAAUGACCUAUCUGACGUUCAACAUAAGUGUCCCAACUGUAACAAGUUGGUUGGCGUUUACCGAAAGCUGUCUUAGACAUGCACAUUCUGAAAGAUGGACCAUCAGUGUCUUUGUUAUCAAAGUAUUUCAGCUGUGAAUAGGCCAGAUUCAAAAAUGGCGACACAUGUUAAUUGUUGUUAAGUGAGUUUAUAAAAUCUGGACCCGGUCUAUUCAACAUUCCUUGUUUACUUGAGGAAAUUCUUUCAGUUUAAAUUUUUUCACAGGAAAGCAUUAUUUGAUUUCAAUUUUUGAACUUUCUUAAAUUCAGUAAUGUUUCUUACACAUAAUUUUUAAAUUGAACAAAUUCCUUGAGUUAAGGAAUAUUGAUGAACAGGAGCCAGUUGACAUGUAAAGGAAGAAGAACCUGAUUAUAAACAGGAAAGAUUUCAUUUAAACAUAAAUUACAAUAUUGACAUUGGUGCAGUAAAAAUUGUAGGAAGUGCAAUGGUGAUUAUGUAAAUACUAAUUACUAAUCAGGUGGUAGUUGCAUGUGAUGAUUCCAAUUCUUAUUCUUAUGUAUAUAUUUAUCAAAAUAUACACCUUAUUACACCUUAUCCAGAACCUAAUUCAGAUGAAUUAUAUAAAAAGGUGUUUCUUUAAU